AUGCAAACGUUAAAGUGUGUUGUUGUCGGUGACGGUGCGGUUGGUAAGACCUGUCUCCUGAUAUCCUACACCACGAACCAGUUCCCAGCAGAUUAUGUGCCAACGGUGUUCGAUAAUUAUGCGGUAACCGUGAUGAUAGGAGACGAGCCAUACACAUUAGGGCUCUUCGACACUGCUGGUCAAGAAGAUUAUGAUAGGUUAAGACCGCUGUCGUAUCCGUCGACGGACGUCUUCCUGGUCUGCUUCAGUGUGAUAUCACCACCCUCUUUUGAAAACGUGAAGGAGAAGUGGUUUCCCGAGGUACAUCACCACUGCCCUGGUGUUCCAUGUUUGAUUGUCGGCACGCAGAUAGACUUGAGAGACGACAAGGUUAUCAUCGAGAAGCUACAGAGGCAGAGAUUGCGCCCAAUCAGCUCCGAACAAGGCGAGAGACUGGCAAGGGAGCUGAGAGCAGUGAAAUAUGUCGAAUGCUCAGCCCUGACACAACGCGGGUUGAAGAACGUCUUUGACGAGGCAAUCGUUGCUGCGUUGGAGCCACCAGUAAUUAAAAAGAGUAAGAAAUGUACUAUUCUAUAG